UUAUAUUUCGAUCAAGGAUUCAAGGAAUGCGACGUGCGUCGCUGGUUACUGUCACCACACAACAUUUUAUAGUUUGAUAGAAUCUUUUUUAGUUUCCGAAAGGAAAAGUGGUUAGCUCGCUAUUCUAAUAAUACAUAACUUUUUAAACCUGUGAUCGUCGCUCAAGAUGGAAGGAACUUGAAGUUUUGUUUUUUUAUGUGUUGUGACAGCCAAGUUUAGUCGUUUUACAGUUUGUUCUGUUACAUCUUAUUUUUAAAUCUAUGACUGUCAUGAUCAUGUUUAGUUUGCAAUUGUGUCUUUGAUCGGUGAAUAAAAUAAACAUUCUUGCUCAGAGGUGCUAACGUCAUUAUCUAAUGAAGAAGAGGUGUAUUUUUUACUAUUUCACAACGAACUAUUCGUAAGAUAUUCGUUAACAUAACCUACGGUUCUGAUAGUUUUAGUGAACAGUUGUGAUACUACACUGGACCAAUUUCUACUAUUCAUGUGAAGUUAGGAAGCUCUAUUACUGUUUGAACAGUGUGUGCUACUACAGAUGCUUGCCAACAUUCAAAGAAAGAUGAAAGAAAUUAUAUUAUUUUAAAAAUAAUUUGUAGUUACCCAUGUGCUCCCUGACAAAAAAAUAAUUUUGUUUCAAAAUUUAACUCCUUAUAAAAUCUUUUUAAAAAUUAAUACAAUUUCUCCCAUCAAGAUCAACUUUGAGAUCAUACUAUCCUUAUUCUUCCGUUACCUUCAAGGAUCGUAAAUCAAAUUUUUCGAAAUUUUUAUAGAUAAUAUAUUAUUUUUUAGCCAUCUUAAAGAUACAUUUUUUACUCGAUUGUAAAUAAUAGUCAUUUUUUAUUUUAUUUGAAAAUUUAAUAUUCAAAUUGCUUAAUCCUAAUACUAUAUUGUAAGAAUAAUAAUUGAAAUAAUUUUGCUUAUUAAAUAAUAAUUGAUUUGCAUAUAUUCAUUGCUCGUUAGCCUCGCUUUAAUUCUUGAUUAAAAAAAUCAUCAUUGUUGAUAUAUUUCUUGCCAGUUUAUUUCCUUUUUAAGCCCAUAUUUUCAUUUUUUAUACUGUUUUUAUUCCAUACUUUUAUACAUUAUUUGACAAUUUUUAUACCCUUGAAAAAUUUUUCUAAAAGAAAAAACAAUUAUUUUCAGUCUGGUUUUUAUUUUAAUUUGAAACUUUGCUCAUCCAUUCAUGAUUUACAUAAUUAUACUUGAUAGUUCUAAAAACAUCAACUUUUUAUCAACUCAUAUUAAUACAAGCCGUGGAUAAACUGUUCAAUUAGGUGGGUAGGUUUUCAAUCAUUACUGCUGACAGCAUAAAUACACAUAAUUUAAGAAAUCUAUGAUUAAAAAUGGCGGCAAUUGUUGAUUCACGUUCUUUGGAUAGUGACAUUUCGUAUUGUCGCACAUCUAGCAGUCUGCAUAGCUACUCUUCAGCCAUUUCUACAAAUACAACCGAUAAUGAACGUCUUACGCCCAGGACAUUUCUUGAGAGGUACUCUCUUCCCCGAGUGGUGAAGAUUGUGCCCCAGGAACCAGUGGAGGAAGCUGAUAGAGGAGUCGGAUCUCUGAUGUCUCUGCUCUCGGGAGAACUGCUCAUGUAUCAGCAGUACAGAAGCGGGAAGGUUGAGGCGAGUAGCCUCACUAAAUCCAAGACCGGAGAGCGUGUUGUGACAUCGGUCGUCAUACCCGAUACUUACCAAGGAUGGUUUUCCGUGGUAACUGAACGUCACCAAGUGAAAGCCAGGUGUUACAACUCAAUCCAGAGGCUGGUGUCAGCACGAGUUACCGUUUUUCUCAUCAUGAGUGAAGUUGUCGGAUAUACUCAGAACAGUUGUCGAACUAACUCUGGUGGUAUGCGACAGCAGUACUCGAAAAUGGUGUUGAAAUGUGGCAGCGUCCUGAAGCUACUCGCCGUCUACCAGGACAUCACUAGUGAGUCGACAGCUCGAAGCAAGCGUCUUUCCUGGCCACUCAUUGGACGUCAUCAAACCAACCGUUAUGCUCAGUGCUUAUCAAGCAACGACCAGGUUGUUUUCAUUUCUGUAACCCAACAUGGACAAUUCUAUGCUGUGGCUACAGCAUCUGGAAUGUUAGACGACACCGUUUCCAGGGUCUAUCAACUACCCAAGCUCCUCAGAACGUUUCCUUUGCCAGUUCGAGUCUGCAUUGUAACCCCCAACAAACCUCAAGGUUCUAUGCUGCUUGAAAGCUACCGCAAAGAGGAUGUUAUCCUGACAUGUCUGCUAGAUUCGUUUACUGAAGUGUCGACGUCUGAAGACGCAGACGAGCAGGGUGGAACUUCCACCACUCAGUUUCGUCUACUUGAAAUGGACGUCGAUUCCAAGUUUUACGUUGUCAAACUCGGUCCACGAGAACUCGACGAGAAACGUCUGUUUCAUUCGGGACUUGUCCAACGCGGUUUGCGCUAUUGCCGUGAAAAUCACGAAACAUGGGCCAGACAACUGAAAUUCAUUCACCACAUCUACCCACGAAAUUGCGAAGAUGUCUCAGCAGUGGUCGCUAAGAAAACCAGCUCAAAACCUGCCAGAAAAAUCUCUCUCGGUGAUAAGAAGACCGUAAAAUCAGCCUCUUUCAGAUUCUCAACGUCUUUCCCUGAAGAUCUACGUCCUGUACUGCGAAAACAAAAACCGAGGAAGACCGAACCGAGAACCUUGAUGGAGUCUACGCUCAGCAAUGACAACACUUCAUACUACAAUAAUGAUGAACAAUUUUACAACGAAAUUUAUUCAAAUGUACCUGAUGCCGACGAUUAUGUUAAUUAUCGUGAGAACAAUAAAAAUUUGAAAGAUAUUAGUGUUGGCGUAGUGAACGAUGGGCUAGGGUAUGUUCAUUACAGUAAUAGGCAAGAAGUAGAGCAGCAUAUUGGCAAUAACCAGAGACAAUAUGAGCAACUUAUAACGUUCCAAUCCAACAAAAAGGUUGACACUAAAAAACCGAAUGAAGAAAUUGUGUCUAGAGAUAGGCAUAUAACAAAUGAAUCCAACUUCACAGAGGAAAACACUGGCGAUUCUUUUGGGAAGAACGUUAUAGAGGGUUUCGUCAAUAGUGAUGUUGUUACUGGUGACUCCAGAGCUUGGGAACAGACAGCGUUGGAGAGACGUCAAGACAAGAGAAUUGAAAACAAUGUUUCUCAACAAAUGGUUGCAUUUGGAAAGAACGUUCCAGUCGAUAGCAAAAGGAUCUCAAGUCAAAGCAACUAUUAUUGCUACAAUAAAACUGUUGAAGAUGUUGGAAGAAACUUCAGCAAGCUAAUGCUAUUUAAUGACCAGCAGAGCUCUGUCAAAAGUAAAACCAGCCUGCGAGAGAGUGACAAAGAAAUAAUUGCUGAGAGUAAACCAAUGCCCCAAAACUUUGAUGCAAGAGCCAGUUAUAAAGAUUUUGAUAGGAGUAGAAUGGAUAGGACUGGUGUUUCUGGAAAAUUAGAACUCAGCAGGGUAGGAAGAAGCCAGGAAAGUAAUUCAAGCAAAGACAGAAUAGAACGUGCUAAUGAUGAGAAAUAUUUUUCAGAGGAAGUUUUUGAUGAUACUAGGAACAAUAUGUUGACACCAGCUUCCCAGUAUAAUCACUCUAACCUUGCUUCAAGAUCCGGUGAUAAUUGUCACGUGCUGGUUAACAGAAACGACUUCCUAGAGAAGUCACAUACAACAGUUUGGGCAAGUCCUGUUGUAGCUGAAAACAGUAUUCAAAAAUCAGUUGUACUUGAAUCUUAUGAUAAUGCCACAAAACACAAAGUGUCCCCUGCAGUUGGUUCAGUAAAACUUAGUGCUUCUCCAUUAAGAGUUGGGAGACCGUUUUCGACUGGAAUCAAACCGCCUAGAGCAAAUAUCGACUCACAAAACAAAAUUGUUAAUCAGGAUGAGACGAAAAUCAACAGACAAGUAAGACCCGUACCUGUGGUACCCAGGACCAGAAUUCGUACAGUUCAACAGAGACAGAUCAAAGUAACAGAACAAGAAACCAGUUCAUCCAGAAAUCCUCCAGUUUUUGUUUCAACUGCAAUUCUUCAUCCAUCGAGUUAUAGUAAUUCUCCUAGAGCAGCAGAACGAUCAUCACUUAUUGAAAUUUCAGUAAGCAGAGAUGCAACCGCAACGAAAAUAAAUGAAGGCACCGGUGAUAUUAAGAGAAGUAGAAAUUCGAAAGAAUUGAAUAGUGAACAAAUUCUGAGAAGCUCCAGGAGAUCAGAAAUCAAAAAAGUGUCUUCGGAUCCAAUCGACCAACAGGCUUCUUCUAAUCAGCUUGAUGUUAUUGAAAGGAGGAGUGUUGAUUAUAGUGAGAGAAGUGUACGGAGUGAAAAUGCUCUGGCAGAAAAUAUUCCACAACAGCAAUCGAGGCACAGUAGUGAUGAGGUUACCAACACAGGAAUCCACAGUCAGUCAGACUCAAAAAGCUACAAAAAUAGCAGAGUCUCUGUGUUUGAUGAAAGUAGUCAAACUGACGUAGAAAGUGUUCUCAAGUUGAGUAACAACUUGAGAGUGAGAGAGAUUGACAGAGCAUCAGUGAAUAUGGAUUCGACCAGGAUGACAUCUGGUGUUGGUGAGGUUAACAAUAUAGAAGAUAAUUGGAGUUUGAAGAAUGAGAACGAUGGAAACGAUUUCAAGACAAAGAUCAUGAUUGAGGAUUGUCGGUACGGUGUGAUUGGUGCUAAAAACGGCAACAAAUGUUCUGAAGGUAGUAAUGAGAAAGUUUGUAAUGAGGAGCGCAUGUACCGUGUGGUUCGCAAACCUGUGCCUUGUCCCAACAUAAUCAAACCAUUCUACAAAACGCGAGUCCAGAUUGGACCCGACUUUUCAUCAUCAACUGAUGUCCCAUACUCGGUUGUUGUUGACCAGAUAUCAACGGCUACUGAUGUCGGAUCAGCUGAGGAGAACAUUUAUGCGGAGAUCACCGGUGAUUCUUACCAGUCGCCUAAUCGUGGAUAUUUUUCGUUUGCAUGUGAAAGGCGGAAAGUGACACCCAGAUAUGACUACCGUGCCAGUGGUGGCAGUGACGGAACAUUCUCCAAUACAACCACGUCUUCGUCCAACGCUGACGAAUCCAGUGUUUGAUCAAAUUUGCUAUUUUGUAUAAAACUUUUAUAUAUAUUUGUAUAACAAUAAAGUAUUAUAUAUUCAGUAUUCA